AUGCCUUCAAACCCAGAAUGGGUCAAGGCCCUCAAGCCCUCUGGCCCUCAAGGUUCUGAGCUGCUCUCGCAAGAGAGAGCCAAAUCAAAUCUCAAUGUCGAUCAGCUUGCCGACUUCAUGUUCACGCGCGAGAUCCUUGAGAGAAAUGAACAGAUUCUCAAAAUUUUGCAAGCUGACCCUGUCUUCGAUAAAUCCCAAAAUUAUUUUCGAGGGAGAACCAGCAGGAUAGAAGCUGCUUUGGCGAGAGGAAAGAGGCUGCAACAGUUGCAGAUGAGGCACAGAUGGACAAGAGACGAGUAUCAGACAGCCAGCGACCUCAUCAGCGAGCCUACUCCUUAUGGUCUACAUUCGAGCAUGUUCAUCGUCACCCUCCGAGAGCAAGGUACUCCAGAACAGCACAAGCUCUUCCUCGAGAAGGCAGAGGCCUACAAGAUCAUUGGCUGCUAUGCCCAGACCGAACUCGGGCACGGUUCUAAUGUCAGGGGCUUGGAAACAACUGCUAUAUGGAAUUCCGACGACAAGACUUUCACGAUCAACUCGCCGUACCUUACCGCCUCGAAGUGGUGGAUUGGUUCACUCGGAAGAACCGCCAACCAUGCCAUCGUCAUGGCCCAGCUCUUCAUCAAUGGCAAAGCCUAUGGUCCUCAUCCUUUUGUCGUCCAAGUCAGAGAUAUGAAGACUCAUGAACCACUACCUGGCGUCCACGUCGGUGAUAUCGGCCCCAAAUUUGGAUACAAUACGAUGGAUAAUGGUUUCCUGCUUUUCAAGAACGUCAAGAUUCCUCACGUCAACAUGCUAGCUCGUUUCUCCAGCGUCGAUCCCAGUACGAGCAAAUACGUCCGACCUUCCAACCCUUCUCUCGUCUAUGGCACUCUCACUUUUGUUCGAAGCACCAUUGUCCUGCAAGCUGGCUCUACCCUUGCCCGUGGCGUCACCAUUGCCACUCGGUACUGUGCCGUGCGACGACAAUUCCAAGACCGAGAUGUCCAUGAGCCCGGCGAAAACCAGGUCCUCAACUACACGAUGGUCCAAAUCCGAUUGCUCCCCUUGCUCGCAGCGACCUAUGCCCUCCAUUUCACGGGCAAGAGCAUGAUCAGGCUGUACCAAGAAAACCAUAAACGCAUGAGUGCCGGCGACACAGGCAAAUUGUCUGACUCUAACCGCGGACCGGGACCCGAGGAACUCAACCCAGGCACUGACCUCCUCGCCGACUUACACUCCACUAGUUGUGCGUUGAAAGCUUAUGGUUCCACUACCGCCGCAGAAGGACUUGAGGUUUGCCGCCGCGCCUGCGGCGGUCAUGGGUACUCAUCAUUCUCUGGCAUUGGUACCUGGUACGCUGAUUACCUCCCCACUGUCACCUGGGAAGGCGACAACUACAUGCUCACGCAGCAAGUUUCUCGGUACCUCUUGAAAUCUGCCCGGAGUGUCAUCCAAGGCAAGGCAGCAAAGAACGACACGACGCGCAUUCUUAUCGAUUUUAUCCGCCGGCGCGACAUUGGCUGUGCAUUUGACGUGAUCGGCAACGACGAAGAUCUCGUUGCGGCAUUUGCAUGGCGUGUCUCCUUCUUGACCUUUGAGGCUCUGCGCCACCGUGAUGAGGACAAGCAGUCCUGGAACUCCUUGCUUGUGGAUUUCUGGCGUUUGUCCACAGCACACGCCCAGUACAUGAUUGUCAAGAACUUCCAUGACGCAUUGCGGGAUCAGCACACCAAGAAGCAAUUGGACCCUGAUACGGUGUCCCUGUUGCAUAAGCUGUUCCGCCUGUAUGCUCUGCAUACACUCGAACGUGAAGCAUCCGAAUUCUACUCCUCAGCCGCAGUGACGGUGCGACAGAUCACGCUGGCCCGCACGAAGACGGUGAUGAAAUUGCUGGCAGAGAUCCGUCCCCAUGCGGUACGAUUGGUGGAUGCGUGGAAGUUCUCCGACUGGCAACUCGAUUCUUCCUUGGGCAGGUAUGACGGGAAUGUAUAUGAGGACAUGUUUCACAGAGCGAGUGAGUUGAACCCACUUAACAACGUAGUGUUUGAUCCAUAUCCCGACUCAAAGACACUGUUCAAGAAGGAUGAGAGAAAGGAUUUGAGGAGCAAACUGUGA